AAAAAUUGCUUUUAAAUAUUUACUUUACCAUAUUUACUAUUAAAUUACCAUUAAUUGUAAUAUACUUAUUACUUGUAAUAUAUUUGCUGUACUUUGAAGUGGGCCUGGACUCCAUACUGGACUAGAUAUGAAAGUAAAUGAAGGUGCGGCAAAUGGAAACGCUUGAGCGCUCUUUAAGUGCGGAUAUAGUAAUGUUUUGUUAGAAGUUAUUCGGAAAUGAGACAAUGGACCUUUCCCCAGACGAUGAGAACUUUCAGGGUCGUCUCCUGCAUCAGGCGGCACUGUGGGACAAUUUGGAACUACUACAGGAGUUGAUAAGCAAUGGAGCAGAAGUUGAUGCCAGAGACAGCCAUCAACGGAAUGCUCUACAUGCAGCAGCUCUGGCUGAACGGAGCCGCUGUUUGCCAGCUCUAUGUGCUGCUGGGGCUGAUGUGAAUGCUCGCUCAGAUGAGGAAACUGGUGGAAAGACAGCGCUGCACAUCGCUGCGGAGCGCGGCCACGCGGAGAACGUGCGGGCGCUGCUGGCGGCGGGCGCGGCGCUGGCGGCGACCACUGCGGCUGGCGACACCGCGCUCGCGCUGGCCGAGCGGCACCGCCACCGCCAUGCUGCUAACCUGCUGAGGGAGGCUCGAGAUGCGCAGGAACGCGAACGGCUGUCGCAGCAUGCAGCGCUGCGCGAGCUGGUGCAGCGAGGCGACGCUGCUGCGCUGCGGGACAAGCUGCGCGACAUGGGUACCGCCGCCGGUAUCGUUGCCAACCUCACCCCCGCCGGCACCAACACGCUGCUAUACGUUGCGUGCGAGCUGGGCGCUGCGGGCGCGGCGGCGGCGUUGGUGGCGGCGGGCGCGGACGGGCGCGCGCACCCCGUGACGCGCUACGGCCCGCUCUACGUCGCCGCCUACCACGGGCACGGGGACAUCGCGCGCAUGCUGCUGAGACACUUCCCGGAGGCCGUGCAGCAAGAGACAGUGGAGAAAUGGCUGCCUCUGCACGCCGCGUGUAUCGGCGGCCAUGCAGAGCUGGUGACGCUACUGCUGGACUACCCGUAUCCUGAACACUUGAUGAAUACCUACACCGACAGUACGGGCAAGUGGCAGUACCGGUUCGCGUUCGACGUGAACGCGCGCGACGCGAGUGGGCAGAGCGCGCUGUACGUGGCGUGCACGCUCGGCAACGCCGCAGUAGUCGACGCCCUGCUCGCAUGCACCGCGCCCGCUGCGCCUACGCAGCCGCUAGAGAAGGAUGCGAGCCCGCCGAGCGAGGCGGCGCAGGUGCUGAGUCCGCACCGAGCCGGCAUCUCCAUGGGCAUACAUGCUAUAGUCAGCAAACUGACCGGUGCUAGCAGGAAUAACGUCAGCGAGCCGGUAGAGCGGCGCGUACGCGUUGUGCGCGUGGACGCAGCGCGCGGCGCGGACUCGUGCGUCGCGGUGGCGGCGCGGCUCGGACACGCGCGCGUGCUGCGGAAACUGCUCGAUGCCGGCGCACGCGCAGACGCCAGCGCUGCGCCACCGCAGGAGUUAACCGGCUCGGAGUCGCGCGAGCGGCGGCGUUCUCGCAGUGCGUCCGUCACUCGCUCGCGAGCCUCCCCCUCGCCCUCACCUGCAGGAUACAAUGAGGAUCGCGAGGGUGGAUGGACGGCGCUGGCGGCAGCAGCACGCGCGCGACAAGCCGGUGCGGUCGAGCUGCUGCUGGCGGCGGGCGCCAGUGACGUCGGUGGCCGCGCCCUGCGUGAGUGCGCUAAACACGGCCUGCAUCAUCUCACUGCUGCUCUGCUCGCCACCAGGGCGUACGCGGAUCCCGAGUACAAGUUGAACCGGUCGGCGAUGGCGGAGCGGGUGCUGGGCGCGCGCGAUGCCGACGCCGCGCUCACGUACCGCGCGCGCUGCCCCACCACGCCCGUGCUGCUCAACUGGCGUGAGCUACGCUGCCAUCUCACGCACAUCAGGAUGUCGUGGAUCCGCCAGGCGGCGCUGCGCGUGAACCCGGCGGUGAGCGCGGGCGCGGCGGCGGCGCAGGCGCUCACGCGGCUCGAGCUGGCCAACAACGAGCUGCGCCUGCUGCCCCGCGAGCUGUUCAGCCUCGUCAGCCUUAGGUAUCUAAACGCGGCUCAGAACAAGCUGGAGCGUUUGCCGACGUCGGACGAUCCGUUCGAGGAGGAGGACACGAAGCGGCGCGGGAAGAAGCCGGCCAAGCGCGCCACGCCAGUUUACACGGCGCCCGUGCUGCAGGAGCUGUAUCUGCAGGACAACCGUCUAGAGGAGCUUCCGCCGGAGCUGUUCUCGCUGCCGGCGCUGAGCAGCCUGGACGUGUCCAACAACAAGCUGCGCGAGUUGCCGCCGCAGAUGUGGAGCGCGCCCGCGCUUCGCGACCUUAGUGCUGCGCUCAACCAUCUGCAGGACCUGCCGGCUGGGGACCGCGUGCAGGACGACAGGCGGACGUCGAUGACGUCAGAAUCCUCCGUUGCGUCGCCGACAACAAACUGCGCGCCGUUCGCGCUCGAUAACUCGAAGUCGAUGUCUCGAAGUCCGUCUAUCGAGCACAGCGAGGCGUCGCCCGACGACGACGACAUACCCGCACUCGGCAACAGAGCUGGACACGCGAUCUGGACGGAAGCGAAGCGCGCGCACGCGUGGCGGGGCCCGCGCGCGACGUCGCCGUGCCGCGACGCGCCGAGCGGGCAGGCGGCCGGUGCCAGCGUGCUCACCUCGCUCAACCUCGCGCACAACCAGUUCGCGUGCGUGCCCCCGCCGCUAGCGUGCAUGGCCCCCGCCCUCACACGGCUCAAUAUGGCGUAUAAUAAUUUGAGGUCCAUGUCGUACGUGACGUCAUACCCCACCGGGCUGCGGCAGCUCGAUCUCAGCCACAACCAGAUCAGCUGCUGGCCAAGUUUGCCGCAGGUGGAGAAGCUGGGCACAUCGGCGGACGACCCGCUGGCGUGCUACUGUCGCGCGCGGGCGGGCCGGCCACGCCCCCGCUCCGGCGGCUCCGUGCGUUCACAGCUGCUCAGCGCCGCCUGCCCCGCCAGACGACAUCUGCGGCUGGAGGGCGUGCGGACGCUGAUUCUAUCGAACAACCUGCUCACGCGCAUACAGCUGACCACGGACGACGACGGCCUCAUAGCCGCCUGCGACGCCGCCGCUGCCGAGGAGAAUGAUGAUGAAUGGAACGGCGAGUCGUCGCUCAAGGCGCGACUGCUGUUCCCGCUGCUGUCGAUGCUGGACGUGUCGUGCAACCUGUUGCGCGCCGUGCCGCCCGCCAUACACCUGCUCACCAACCUCUCCGUGCUCAAUCUUAGUGGAAAUAAGGAGAUCACGGAUCUACCGCCGCAGAUGGGUCUGUUAUCGCGGCUGUGGAGUCUGAACACGGCGGGCUGCACGCUGGCCGAGCCGCUCCGCUCGGUUGUGCGCGGACGCACGCGCUCCGUCGACGUGGUGGGAUAUCUCCGCUCCGUGCUGCAGGAGGCACGGCCGUACGCGCGCAUGAAGUUGAUGCUUGUUGGCGUGCAGGGUAUUGGAAAGACCAGCCUGCUGGAGUGCCUCAGACAAGAAUCUGCUUUACAUCACAGAAGGAAACCUACUGAACACUGGGCGAAACGCAUGGGCAACAAGUCGGUACGGCGCGGUAUGUCGACAGUGGGCGUGGACAUCGGCACGUGGGUGUACGAGCAGGCGCGCUCCAGCCGCGGGCCCGUCACCUUCAGCACCUGGGACUUCGGCGGACAGCAGGAGUACUACGCGACGCACCAGUACUUCUUGUCCCGUCGCUCGCUUUACCUCGUGGUGUGGCGCGUCCCGGACGGGCGGCGCGGGCUAGCGCAGGCGCUGCACUGGCUGCGCUCGAUUCAGGCGCGCGCGCCUGGCUCGCCAGUCAUCAUGGUUGGGACGCACUACGACCUGGUUAAUCAUAGUACGGUGCCUGAAAGCGAGAGCCCGUUAGCGCUGCAGCGUCUGAUCCGCGGCGCGGUGAUGGCCGCCCCCGACGCCGACAAGCUCGGCCUGCCCCGCGUCCUCGACUCCGUAGAGGUGUCGUGUAGUACUAAACACAAUAUCAAGCUGCUCGCUGACGUCAUCUACUCCGUCGCGUUCAGCGUCAAACCACCAGGUAGCAAGGAGCCGCUGCUGGAGCAGCGCGUGCCGGCGACGUACCUGGCGCUGGAGGAGUGCGUGUCGCACCUCGCCGCCGACCUGCCCGAGCCCGUGCUCAGACACGAUACAUACAAACGACUGGUGACUCAGUACAUGCAGCAGAAGAAUCUGCGGAUGUUCCGCGACGCGGCCGAGCUGCAUCAGGCUACCAUGUUCCUGCAUGAAAACGGUGUGCUACUCCACUACGACGACGCGACGCUCAAGGAGCUGUACUUCCUGCGGCCGCAGUGGCUGUGCGACGUGCUCGCACACGUCGUCACCAUACGCGAGAUCAAUCCCUUCGCUAACAAUGGUAUAAUGAAGGUGGACGAUCUCUGCCACGUGUUCAAGUCGUCGCCGGUGCUGGGGGGCGGCGCGGGGGGCGGGGAGGAGGCGCGCGCGCUGGCCGUGUCGCUGCUCAACAAGUUCGAGCUGGCGCUGAGCUGGGACCACCGCGCGCUGCUCGUGCCGCCGCUGCUGCCGCUCACCGAGCCCGUGCGCCCGCAGCUGGCGCUCAAGUCUCGUCCGUGGCCGGGCACGCCGCGCCGCUCCGCGCCGAGCUCGCUCAGUGCGCUGCCGCACAUUGAAUCAGUCCACGGUACAGAAUCACCCAUGCUUAUAAACGAGGAGGCUAAUGGCGUGUGUCGAGCACACGCGCGCGCCGGCGGUGCGGCGUUGCGGCGCGUGCUGCUCAUGUCGUACGUGCCGAGCGGGUUCUGGCCGCGGCUGUGCGCGCGCCUGCUCGCCGACCCCGCCCUGCCGACGUACGCGCCGCAGUUGUAUACGCCGCCAGAGAUGGACGUGGACGAGUCAGUGGGCAAGGCCCUGGAGCUCAACUGGAGCUGGAAGCUGUGGCGGACAGGGCUGAAGCUGGUGAGCGGCGAGCUGACGCUGCUGGCGCUGCGUGAGAUCCCCCCGCGCCGGGACCCGCUGCUGGGCGCUGUUGCUGAGGACGACGAGCCUGAUGAGAUAUAUCAUACCAUGAGGUUCCGCGUGCGGCAGGAGGGGGCGUGGUGCGACCUUGACUUCCAGUCGUCAGCGUGCGUGGAGAUAGUACUGCCCGCGCCGGUGUGCGUCGUGCGCCGCGACGACGGCCUGCCCAUCGCCGCCUACCAGAGUAUUAGCCUGGACCCGAACCUGGAGGUGCUGGCGAAGAUCCUGGCGCUCGUCUCCGACCACGUCGACCUCCUGCUGGAGGACUGGUAUCCAUCGCUCGGUACACGGUUUGUGCACACUUCCGAGGGGCGAUGCCUCAUAACGCGCGUGGUGCCGUGCCCCGCCUGCCUGCGCGACGCUCCGCAUGAGCCUGUCAACGAUCACAUAGCUCAGGCGUUUCGUCGCCUGGACCUGGGCCACAUGGAGGGGAGGCGAUUGCGACUGUCGGAGGAGUCGCGCAUGUCCGACGGCGACAGCGGCGUCGGUGCGGAGUCUAACUCGUCGUCGCGCGUGGGCUCGACGGAGGGCGGGGGGCGGGGCGAGGAGCGCGCGCGCGCCACGUGCUGGGCGCUGGAGGAGUGUAUCGCGGCGGCGUGCGGCGGCGCAGACCUGCGCUGCCCGCUGCACGCGCACGUCGCGCUCGCCGACGUCGCGCCGGACACGCUGCUGCUGGACGUGGAGUCGUGUCGUCGCGCGCGUUGGGACGACGUGGUGGUGUCGGGCGUGGUGGGGCGGGGCGCGUUCGGCACGGUGCUGCGAGGGACCUGGCGGCGCCCCGGCCGACCGCCCCUGCCGGUCGCCGUGAAGGCGCUGCAGCCGGUGCCGCCGCCCUCGCCAGCUGAUGUGCCAGCUCUGCAGGCCUAUAAGGUGGCGGCGUCACGGUGGGAGCGGUCGCCGGUGGCGGCGGCGUGUCGCGCGUACUGCGGGUUGCGGCAGGAGCUGGGCAUCCUCAGCCGACUGCGGCACGCGCACGUACUGCCGCUGCUCGCCGCCUGCGCCGCGCCGCUCGCGCUGCUGCUCGACAUCGCACCGCAGGGUUCGCUGGAGGCCGCACUGCGGCGGUACCGCGGCUGCGGGCGGCGUAUCGGUGCGCGCGCGGCGCGGGCGCUGGCGCUGCAGGCGGCGCGCGCGCUCGAGUACCUGCACGCACAUCGCGUUUUAUACAGAGACCUUAAGUCUGAGAACGUGCUGGUGUGGUCGCUGCCGUCGCCGCAGGAGGCGCCCGCCGCCGAGCUCAGCGCCGACCCCAUUGACGUGCACAUCAAACUGGGAGACUAUGGUAUAUCCCGUCUGGCGGCGCCGUCGGGCACGAAGGGUUUCGGCGGGACUGAGGGGUUCAUGGCGCCGGAGAUCAUGCGAUACAACGGCGAGGAGGAGUACACGGAAAAGGUGGACUGUUUCUCGUUCGGCAUGCUGCUGUACGAGAUCUUCACGCUCCGACAGCCGUUCGAGGGCCACGAGGCCGUUAAGGAGGCGGUGCUAGAGGGCGCCCGCCCGCCGCUCUCGCCGCGGGAGCUGCAGUACCCAUGCAGCCUGUUAGAGACGAUGCGCCGGUGCUGGGCGGGCGCGCCGGAGCUCCGCCCCUCGGCCGCCGCCCUCGUGGCUGUGGCCGCGGCGCCCGAGAGCCUCGCGCUCCAGGACGCGGCCGCCGCCUGCGCGCCGGUACCCCCUGGCGUUCCGCCCCCGCCGCCCGAGCCAAACACGCACGUGCCCGCCACCGCAGUGCCGCUACGCGCUCUCAACGACGAGGGCGCGGAGGGGUGGGAGGUGUGGUACGGCGGGGGCGAGCGCGUGCACACGCUGCUGGCCACGCCCACCACGUUCCUGCAUCACCACACCGUGCGAGUGCCUCCAGAGGAGGGCAGCGCGGUGGUGGUGACGGCGAUGUGCCGCGUCGGCGCGAGCGUAUGGGUCGGCGACUCCGCCGGACGCGUCUGCGUGUAUUCGGCGUCGACGUGUGCGCUGCAGUGGGUGACACGCGUGGUGGAGGCGGUGGGCGGGGCCGCGUCGCCGGUGGCGGCGCUGCACGCACUCGCGCCGCUGCCGCGCGUCGCGCUCGCACUUGAGACGGGACGGCUGUUCCUGGUGAGCUCCAGCCGGCCGGAGGAGGAGGGCAGCUUCGUGCUGACGGAGCUCGGCACCGCCACCUCACUCGCGUGCCUCGCCGCGCUGCACAUCGACCAGCGGGUGGAGCUUUGGGCGGGCGGGGACGGUCUACACGCGUACGCGGUGAGCGCGGAGGGCGUGAGUGCGGCGUGCACGUUGCCCGCGCGUAGGUCCGCCCCUGACGCCGCCCACGACGCGGACGCUAGCUCCGAUCCUGAGGACGCCGAUACGGUGUCGUUACUUGCAGCCGCUGCGGAUUCCACUUUCGUGUAUGCUGUGUAUAAAGACAGUACACAGGUGUACUCGUGGUGCGCUUUACGCAAGCGCGUGGCGACGCGUCUGGACUGCAGCAAGCUGGUGCCGUGCUCCGAGAGCCUGCAGUCCAUCGCCAUCGACGAGAGCCUCAAUGAGGAGCGAUGUCGAGUGACGGGCGUGUGCGUGUCGGGCGAGGUGGUGGUGGCGGGCACGGCGUGGGGCUGCGUGGUGGUGGCGACGCGGGCGCUGCAGCCGCUCACAGUCUGCCGGCCGUACGACGCCGCCGCACGCGUGCUGCUGCCGCUCCCCCCGCAUGCCGCGCAGGCCCCGCCCAUGUUGGCGACGCUUGGCGACGGGUACCGCCCCCUACUGCAGCGGUACGCGCCGCAGCAGUCCAACCCUACGAGCUACACGGGGCUGUACUGUCUGUUGUGGCGGGCGCAGCACUGGCUGCCAGACUAGACUGCAAGAAGAGAAGCCUCCAGGACAUAGACCGUUCUAGAAUAUAGAACUUUGUAAAAGUACCCACAGAUGGAGAUAGUUGCUUUGAAUACAGAGAAUUUAUAAAGGCUUGAGAAAAGUCUACUUUUAGGAGUCCAUACGCCUUCCAUGAGUAGGUAGACAGUUAUAGAGUUUCUUCAUAAGGCUUUUGUGAAGUUUGGAAUAUGUAAUAUUUGUCACAUUUUAUAAUAUUAUUAUGAUGUGCUUGGCAUAUUUUGGUCCGAAUUAUGUUGUUAGAUUAUCAAAGUUGUAUUUGGUUGUAUUUUGAUAUUUUAACGAUGUUGUCCAGUGAGACUAUGUGAUUUAUGGGCGAAAAAAUGAGAAUGGCUAGUUAAAAAUGGGCGAAUCUCCUGUGUAUUGUGCGAAAUUGAGUGAAAAACUUAAAAAGAUUUUAUUCAUUGUUCAACUGAAUUUAUCGUGUGAGAAAAUGUAGUUCCAGUGUCAAAAAAGUUAAGACUGUUAGUUUUGUCACGACGAAUCAUUUAGUUUUUUUAAUAUUUAAAUCGUUACAGCAUUGUAGCUUUUUUGUGUGUAAAUGUGUCUUAUAUAAGAGUAGCCUAAUAUCUGUACCUGAGGGGGUAUUUCUACUAGUAGAAGAUGAAUCUCUACAACUAAAAUGACAUUGCUAAUGCCCCAACGUAAAACAUCAGUACGUAAACUACAAUACUCAUUUGUUCAAUUAGUUAGCUAUGGCCCAAGUCGGCAAGCUAGUCAUUCAUAUAAAUGUGACCAGUAUCGUCGUUGGACCUUUAAUGAUGUUAAAAACAGAUUCUUUUUUGUCUUUCUGUAUUUAAAAAUCUGCUAAAGCGAUAAUGACCUUUAGCUUGUGGAUCGCCAGAAGAGUUAGUACACCCAGUGAGUAGUUAUUACUACUUAAUAUACUAUUAAGAACUUGUAGGUAUGUAGAAUGAGAAUGUAAUGACUAAAAUUGCUAUUGCUUAUAUUAGUACCUAUAACAUUCCUCUUUGUAUAUUUUUUACUUUUGUGUUUUAUGAUCGCAUCAAACACAGUCACAAACGGUGACUGCUCCAUGAAUUUGUAAACCAAAGCUAACUUAAGAUGUUUUUAAAUAUGAAAUGUUGAUCUCAUUUUGAGUAUUACGCUUAGCUGGUGCUCGUUAUUUGGCGCCGUUGUAGUUUUUAAGAUUAGUUAGCGAUGUGCUUAGCUUUAACUACUAUAUUCUUACGGCUUUCUUAAUAAACGAAUAAGACAGGACUAA